AUGGCCCUACUCAAGUUUAAAAAUGAAAGCGAUUCUGAAUCUGACUACGAACAGGUUGAGAAAAUAUUUUUCUUUAAUUGGAACGAAAUCAAAAGUCCGGUGAGUUUUCUUUUCAAAAUUCAUUUUUUUUCAUUUUUCAAGCUUUGCCACGUCAUAGCUCAUAUUACUCACGGCACAUUCUUUUCAUUUCAAAAUUCCGACCAAAAUUUAUUUUCUUGCAGUUCGAUAUUCUUCCAAUGGAAAUGAAAAUGAUGAUUUUCAUAUAUUUGGAUCCGGAAGAUAUAACUCAAUUUGGAAAAUGCUCAAGAAGUUGUCAAGAAAUAUUCAGAUUAUUCCGACCAAAAAUGAAAACAGUAAUUUAUCGAGGAAAUGGAAUCAGCCGAUCAGAACAGUUUCCAAAUUGUUUGAUCCAAAUCGUAUUUCAUCAACAUCCGUGGAAGAAAUAUGAGAUAGAAGUUGAAACAUUGAAUUCAAACAAUUGGACAGAAGCUGACACGAGAAAAUUACCGACAAAAACAACUAAAAGAUGCAGAUCCAGUUUUACACUCUCAAAGUUAGUUUUUUUUGGCUGAAUUUGUGAAAAUUAAAUCACCGAUCAAUUUUGAUCCAAUAAUGAACGUGUUUUUUAUUUCAUUGGAAUCGGAAUUUUUUCAAAAAGGUUAUGACGUCACAAAAUAUAAACACAUUUCCAAUAGUUCAAAGUCCUCUGCAACUUAUCAUGGGGUCAAAAUUGAUCCUUACCUAAGUUUAACCAAAUGGGUCAGAUGUUAGACCUUUUGGAUUUCCAAUCUAGAUAUUCCAGUUCAAUUCCAGUGGCAUUCAAAUACUCAUAUUUUCAGAUCCACAAAAACACAGCAAUCAACAUAUGAAGCUGUGAAAAUACUGUCAAAGCGAACAAAACCAAAAUGUCAUGGUAAGAUUGCUCUUGAAAUGUUCAAAAGCAUUAUUGAAUUCAACAAAUCAUCGAUUGAAGAAAUUGAAAUUGAAGCAAGUGUUAUUGUAAGUUUUUUUCAAAAAAAUGUUUUUUUUUCAAAUUUAGGAGGCUAAUUUUUAUUUAACAAGGACCGUCCAAAACUUUCAACCUCCAUAUCUUUAUUCAUUUUAGGAAUCAAGAUACAUGAGAUCGAUCGAUAUUUAUUCGGAAAACUUGAAAAAAUUAUCAAUCGAUGGAUAUUUCACAAAUCAUCCACAAUUGAAUCAAUUUCUCUCGGUUGAAUUUCUUAUAAUGCAAAAUUUCAAUCUUCGCAAGAAACAUUUUCCAAUGAUAAAAUCAAAGUAUCUUCGGAUUCACAGUACAGUUAUGGACAAAAAAUUAUAUGAACAAUUUUUGAAAAAUUGGAGAGACGGAGAAUUGAGUGAUAAUUUGAGAGAAGUGUUGAUGAUUGGAGAUGAACAUGAAUGGUUUCGCUAUUUGUUUCUUGAUAAUACGAUGCUCAGAUUUAUGAUGAAUGAAUAUGGAGAUAUAUUACGAUAGUGAGUUGAUAAAAAGUAUUUACAGGAGGUUUAUCAUAUUGACACCGUAAAGUUUAUCAACGUGUUCACAAACUUUAAGAAUUAUGUUCAAAAUUCUGUUAUUUCCGAUUUAUCCUCUCUUUAACUUCACAAUGUUUUAGAAUUUGGAAAAUGAACUCCUCACAAUCUCAGCAAAAUUCGGAGAACAAUUCGAAUUUUUGAAAUUCCCAAAACUUCUGAAGGGGUUGAACCACUUUUUCAAAAAAGCCGUGAGAUUCAAAAAAAUUUUCAUGUUUUUUGCAGCAGGAAUCAUGCAAAGAGAUGUGGACUUGUUGGCUCGCCAUCGAUAGAUUUCGAUAUCAUCGGAGUUAUGAUCGAUCAUAUUGAUAAUUUGCCUGUUCGAGUAAAUCUUGUACGAGAGGAUUUUUAA